CAAACAAAUUAGCUUUUUCUUGAUUGCUCUUAGCCCAAUUUCCAAUAUUAUUUCUAAUUAGAGGUGUAUGUAUUUUUGGAACUUUAACCUUUCUUGUUGGAUUCCACAGAGAAUAAUCAGUACUACCCAUAGAUUAGAUAUAAUAUAUUAUUGCAUUAUCAAUAAAUAAUAUCUUAUCUUUGAUAAACACAAUAAAGUCGUACUUCUUAAUUGAUAGGAAGUCUGUAAAACAUCCCCAUUUUCGUGAUUGAUGUAAUUUCUUACUUGCAGCAAUGUUCAACCCAGUCACUUUCUCUGAAAGUAAUUACAAUACGGUGAUUCAAGCAAAUGCGUUCUUAGCAAACUAUAAAGAUCACUUCAAAUGGUUUGAUAAUGAAAUAAUGUUAGAUAUUGGUUGCUCAAACGGGUGUGUUACCAAAAAAUCGCUCUAUCCAUUCGUAAAGCCUCAUCUAAAACAUCUAAUUGGGGCUGAUAUUUCCCAACAUGCUAUAGAUGUAGCAAAUGAAACUUAUAAAACGUCUACAUUAUCGUUUGAAGUAAUGGAUAUAAUCGAUAGUGAGCAAUGUGAAAAGGAUCUUGAGAAGUUUCAUCACAUUUUUGCAUUUUACUUAUUUCAUCUUUUACCAAGAUCAGAUUUAUGGUCUGUAAAUAUCUAUAAGAUGCUAAAAUCGAAAGGUCAAUUAUUUACAUCAAUAAUUGUGGAUCCACGUAAUGUAGUAACUAUUUGCAUGGCGAAUCAACGAAAUGAUGAAACAAAACCGUGGUCAAAGUACAUAAAAAAUCUUCCAGAUUUAUUUAUUGAUUUUGGUCCAAACCCCAAAGAAACAAUUUCAGAUAUUUUUAAAAAAGCUGGGUUUAUUAUAGACGUGAUGGAUGUAAAAUCCGUUUCCUUCUUUUUUCCAGAAGUUCAGUUAUUGCGAAGUAUUUUUGUUUUAAAUUUUUAUUGAAAUGAUAUUAUUUUUUAAAUGUUUAGAUACUUUAGUGGGUGUUAACCACUUUUUGA